AUUUUACGUUGCGGAACCACAAAACUCUGAUGAUACACAAUACCUAUGAGUUUCUAUUUUUGACAAUCAUGAAAAAUUUCGUUCAAUGGAUAUGCUGCUUAAAGUGCGCUUCUGCUUUAUCUUCAAAGCGAGGUGUGGUUAAUUGAAACGGAUGAGCGUUAAAUUUGAGCUGUGAUUAAGAUAUAUUUCUUUUAAAUAAAGAUAAAAGCAAAAACUAAUAAGAAUAAAAAAUACACGAUGCUUGGUCGUCUUCCUGCAUGUGUGAUCGACGUGGGUACGGGAUAUACAAAGCUAGGCUUUGCAGGCAAUAAAGAACCUCAACUUAUAAUUCCAUCUGCAAUUGCUAUUAAAGAAACAGCAAAAGUUGGAGAUAAUAAUGCUAGAAGAGUUACUAAAGGAGUUGAAGAUUUGGAUGCUUAUAUUGGAGAUGAAGCUUUUGAAGCUACUGGCUAUUCUGUAAAAUAUCCAGUUAGACAUGGAUUAGUAGAAGACUGGGAUUUAAUGGAAAAAUUCCUGCAGCAAUGUAUUUUUAAAUAUCUUAGAGCAGAACCUGAAGAUCAUUAUUUUUUACUUACGGAACCACCAUUAAACACUCCUGAAAAUCGUGAAUAUACUGCAGAAAUAAUGUUCGAGUCAUUUAAUGUACCAGGUCUUUAUAUUGCUGUACAAGCAGUAUUAGCAUUAGCUGCUUCUUGGACAGCUAAAACAAUAGAGGAUAGAACAUUGACAGGUGUGGUUGUUGAUAGUGGAGAUGGAGUUACACAUGUAAUACCAGUGGCAGAAGGUUUUGUUAUAGGAAGUUGUAUAAAACAUAUUCCUAUUGCUGGUCGCGAUAUUACAUAUUUUAUUCAAAGUUUAUUACGAGAACGUGAAAUUGGAAUACCACCUGAACAAUCAUUAGAAACAGCUAAAGCAAUAAAAGAAAAAUAUUGUUACAUAUGUCCUGAUAUUUCAAAAGAAUUUGCUAAGUAUGAUAGUGAUCCUACUAAAAUAAAAAAAUAUGAAGGUGUGAACAGUAUUACAAAACAACCAUUUGUAGUGGAUGUUGGAUAUGAAAGGUUUCUAGGACCAGAAAUAUUCUUCCAUCCUGAAUUUUCUAAUCCAGAUUUCACGACACCAUUAAGUGAAAUUGUAGAUGAUGUAAUUCAAAAUUGUCCAAUAGAUGUUAGAAGACCAUUAUAUAGCAAUAUUGUAUUAUCAGGUGGUUCUACAAUGUUCAAAGAUUUUGGUAGACGAUUGCAACGUGAUAUAAAACGAAUUGUUGAUGCACGACUCAAACUUAGUGAAACAUUAAGUGGAAGUCUUAUUACGCCAAAACCUAUAGAUGUCCAUGUUAUAUCACACCACAAACAACGUUGGGCAGUAUGGUAUGGUGGUGCUUUAUUGGCUAGUGAUCCAGAAUUUUAUACAGUCUGUCAUACUAAAAAAGCUUAUCAAGAAUAUGGUCCCGGAAUUUGUCGCUAUAAUCCCGUAUUUCACAGUAUGGUGUAAAAUAAAUAAGAAUACAAAUGACGUUAUUAUGGACCAAUGGUCUCUGAAUUUUAAAUAUUUUGUUAAUAAGUUGAUCGAUUUCUACUUUUUUCAUCUUUGAUGAUAUAUUUUCUUAUAUAGUAUUUCUAUCGUAAUUAUUAUUACUAAUUGUAAUAAAAUUAUUGAAAUACGCCAAUAUCACACUAGUAAACGCACACAAAAAAGAAGUUUUAUGCUCAUCAAUUAUUAUAUUGAUAUAUGCCAAUAUUCAUAUGUCAUAAAAAUACAGAAAAUUAUUUAAAAAAAUAAAGGUCACACUGCAUUAGAAGCAAUGAUUAAGAAUAGUCGAUAAAAUUAUAAUACAAAAUGAUUGUAUAGAUCUGUAUAUAAAAUAAGUCUAUUUGAAAA